AUGAGAAAUGGAGUUGUUAUGGUACUCAACGCUUUAGAUCUGAGUCCAAGAUUAGAGAUUGAUCCCUCUGCUUUAUCUUCCACCGAACAAUGGGUACGUAGAACUAGCUAUAAGUCAUAUAUUUCGGCCAGAAGGGUGUUAGUAGCUAAGGCGGUGAGGUGGACUUUCCCUGUGGAGGGUUCUUUUAAGCUUAACACUGACGGUUGUUCUACGGUCGGUGGUAGUGGGGGCGGUGGGGUGAUUAGGGAUUCGAGGGGAAAACUCAUUAUUGCUUUUGCAGAUUCUUUUGGCUCUCUGGAUUCCCUGCAGGCUGAGGCUCGGGCUCUCUUGUUAGGGCUUCAGCUGGGGUACAGCUUAGGGAUUUCGCAGAUGUUUGUUGAAUCUGAUUGCUUGGUUUUAGUCAAUUGUUUAAAGGGGGUUUGGGGGGUUCCUGUGGUGAUUCGGCCAGUUGUUCGUGCUGUUCGUCUGGUUACUUCUGCUGGCCAUCAGUUUGGUCAUUGCUACCAGGAGGGGAACAUGGUGGCGGACUCGCUCGCAACGUUUGGGGUGGAGUGUGGCUCUCGAUCUAUUUUCACGUCAGCGUCUCAGUUGCCCCUGCGCUCCAGGGGGCUUUUAUCUCUGGACAUGCAGAAUUUUUGUAGUUUUCGUUUUUCUCUUAGGAUGUAG